AAACUCCGCGAUUGCCUUGUGAAUCUUAAAUCGAACUCCCAGAACCAAAUUGAACGGGAGAGCCCCAACACAGAACUUCUGCUCAGAAUUCAACUCCCCGAAACAGCUUUUACUUGAAUUGUUGUCGAUUUGUCGAUUCCAUCUUCCAUGGCGGAAACCCUAAGCCCUAAUCCUACGGUUGGUCAGAAGCAGAGGCUCCCUAUGUCUGCUCGCAUCCAGUCUCCUACAAGUCCUUUUUUCCUGGGCUCCAACGACGACCAGCUCGAACGCGCUCAGGCCCGCGCUGCCCGCGCUGCUGCGGUCCGACGUAAGGCCGUUGCUGCAAAAUUGCAGUCGCAACCUUUGGAUGACAAUUCUGAUCCCUGUCUCAACAAGCAGCAGAUUCUUGAUUUGCUCCAGAACUGCAUCAAGCUUGCCAGUGAAAAUAAAAUUAAUCAGAAAAAUACAUGGGAGCUGAAUUUGAUUGAUCACCUUACUGAUAUCAUUAAAGUUGAAGAAGAAAAUGAUGUAGAGACGAAUUUCCAAAAGGCAAGUUGCACACUUGAAGCGGGAGUCAAGAUUUAUGCAUUAAGGGUAGAUUCAGUGCAUUCCGAAGCUUAUAAAGUCCUUGGCGGAAUGAAUAGAGCAGGCCAAGAAACUGAACAAGACCCAACUUUAACAUCUACUAAUGUUGAAAAAGGUCAAGAAGGAAGCAAAAAAGAGAUGGACACAAAGUUGUCACCUCUGUCAACACUGGAAUCGUCUUUUGAGGUUCUUAAUGUGAAGAAGUUUGAUGCUGCAUUUGCCGUGGAUCCUCUCUAUCAUCAGACAUCAGCACAGUUUGAUGAAGGUGGAGCGAAGGGUCUUUUGAUGAAUAAUCUUAGUGUCUAUGGUAAAUGUAGGGUCCUCUUUGAUUCACAGGAAGUUCCAGGAAAGUGCAUGACAAGUGAGAAUCAAGAUGAUAUUUCAGAUACAAUUGAUCUUUCUUUUGCCAAAGAAUGUGUCGAACAGAUGGUAUUGAACAUGCGCAUAAAGGAUGAAAUUUCUCCAACUCUCAGGACUAUAGUAAAUCAAUUUGAUGAAAAUAAUAGAAGGCCAUCAGAUUUUGAAUUUUCUUGUCAGAAAGCACCAGCAGAGUUUGGUGAAGCCAAUGACUGUGAAAUUGAGAUUGACAGAGAAGAAUAUGGAAACUGCACGUCUUGGAUUGAUGACCAUGAUGACCAAACAAUUGAUGAUCUAGGCUCGAAUGAUGCUAAUGCAAGUUUCCCUAGUUAUGCUCAGGAAAAUGAAUCAUUUCCUCCCCAAGAUCCAGCUAUUGAGGACAAAUUUGAAAAUGUCGAUGGCUACUUAUUCUUAAGUCUAGGUUUUAAUUCAAAGCACAAUGCAUGGGCAGGCCCUGAUCAUUGGAAGUACAGAAAAGCCAAAGGUGCCGAGGUUAAUCCUCAGUCAAAGGAUGGGUCAACACUAAAACCUAAGCUGUCAAGAAGUAAGAAACAGGCAGAAGUUGAUUUAGAUUUCGCAAAUUUUCUUGAUAAAGAAAUGGCGGAUAUCUUUUCUCCUCCCAAGAAUCUCAAAUCAUUAUUACUCCCUGAAAAUAGACCGCUUUAAUACAAACUUCCGGAGGACUGCCACUAUCAGCCAGAGAAUCUUGUCAAGUUGUUUAUUCUACCUAAUGUAAAGUGCCUUGGGAGAAGAGCGAGAAAAUUCUCAGGUACGUUUGCAGCGGGAGCUGAUGAAGAAUGCAAUGGGUACGAGCCGUUCCCUUCAUAUGAGGAUGGAAGUAUUUGUGGCGGUGACUACGGGGAUGUUCAUAGCGACCUUGAGGACUCCACCACACUUGUUUCUCAGCCUCGUCAGGUCAAUAAAAUCGAAGUUGAGUAUGACAAAACUUCGAAACAAGUUGAUGUCCAGGCUCUGAAAAACACUCUUUGGGAACAUAUUCAAGAAAAUGGUCAGCUGCCUCUUCAGGAUCAGAAGGAAGUGGUAUCUUUCAGGGAAAUACUGGCAAAUUUUCCUGACGAUUGCAAAGCUGCUGCGACUAUUAAUGAGAUCUCUCCUCAUUUGUGUUUCAUAUGUCUAUUGCAUUUGGCAAAUGAGAAUGGGCUAAGCAUUCAGAGCAGCCCGAAUUUGGAUGAUCUUGGCAUAUGCCUUCCUCGUGUGGCCGCAGCUAGAAGUGGGAUAGUCUAGGGACUUGAUCACGCAUUUGAGUUCUAGGAAUAAAAUUUGCAAAUUGAGACUUAUGAUUGUGGAUUUCACUAAAUGAUGAAACAAAGUCCAAGGAAGCAUCAAGUCUGACAAUCGCAAGUCUUGUGAAUUCGCAGUGUCAAGAGUUGUUGGAUGCAUAUUUGACACUUGAAAAUGGAUGAGAUUCUUUUGCCAACGAAAAAAGAGAUAGAUGCAUGGAAUUUAACCAUCGCAGAGUGGUUUGCCCGAAAAAGGGAAAAAGGCCGUCAAUGAGUGAAGGAAAUACACAUUAACUACCGAUGUAUUAUAUUCUAUUGACUAAAUGUUCUGUACUUGUACUUUUUCUGUGGUGUUUGGGGCUGUAAUAAGGAAGUAAGCGACUCAACAUUAGUUUAAAGAUUAAGGACGGGAACAGUUAAUAAAUGGUAUCAUUCAACCCA